AUCAGCGUUACUUCAAAGCAAUUGUGUAGCAUAUUUUCGGGAGACAACUCUUUGAAUAUAUACUGGCAAUUCUGACAGAGUGCGCUUAAAAAAUUUGGGCAGCAUUUACUUACAUCCGCACGAAUAGCGAGAAAAACGAGAAUGCAAAUAAAAAGCAAAAUUGUUUUGCUAACCGGGGGGGCCAAUGGAAUAGGAUUUGCCUAUGCUAGAGAACUUUUGCGGAAUGGUGCUGGUCGCAUAGUUAUUCUGGACGUGAAGGAUUCGAGCGGCAAAGAAGCGGCAAGUAAAUUGAACAAGGAAUUCGGACAGGGGCACGUCGUCUUCAUUUUCUGCGACGUGUCAAAACCGCAAGAAUUAGAAGCCGGAUUCGCAGAGACGGUCAAGCAAUUCGGUGGCCUUGAUAUUCUGAUAAACAAUGCUGGGAUUAUGGAUGACGUACGAUGGGAGCUCAUGAUUGCCACCAACGUAAAUGCUGUGGUUCGCGGAACGCUCCUGGGCUUGCAAUACAUGGGAAAAGACAAGGGAGGCAAGGGGGGUGUGAUUGUUAACAUCGCGUCCAUCUUGGGCUCGGUACCGUCGAAAUAUUUCCCAGUUUAUACGGGAACGAAGUACGCCGUAAUAGGAUUGAGUCAGUCUUUCGCGAUGCCUUAUCAUUACGAGAAAACAGGCGUUCGAAUAUUGACGCUGUGCCCGGGCCUCACAGACACUGAACUGCUCAGGAAAUCUCAGGAAAGAAUAUUAGAUAUAAUCGACGUUGAAGAACUAGCUGAAGACAGCAGCAGUUUAACUUCCCAAAAAGUUGACAGCGUCGCACAUGGCUUGGUAUACCUGAUCCGAUCGGCCCAAAACAGCACUGUUUGGGUAGCUGAAAACGGAGAACCCGUUUACCAAAUUAUGAUUCCCGAUCGUUUACUCACCAAAGUUUCAGUCUGAAUAUAAUUCGAACAAUAAAUAUGAUCUAUGUGUAAAAAAAUUUCAAAAU